AUGCUAUCUACGUUUCUUCCAGGUGCACACUAUAUCGACGUUCGGGUGUACGAGCAAAGUAUCGACGGUAGUCCGUUUACGUGUAACGUCGGCGAUCCGGAUUUGGUAACGGUACGCGGUCUGCAGCGCUACAUCAGACAUUUGGACCUGGGAACUCCUGUUUCGUUUACGAGUACGUUUCGUCGCUGCAUGCUGAUUAAUCCACCGUCAUUCAUCGUUUUUGUUUUCACUUUAGUCGAUGCUUCUGCCGCUGGUUCCGGCACUCUCGAAAUACUGAUCAACGAUGGGAAGGUGAAUUGUCGGGUCCGCGAGCUGGGCAGCAAGACAUACCUAGCAACUUACACGCCCUUGCGGCCGAUCGGCUAUACGAUCGAAAUGAUGUUCAACAAAUCGCCAGUAAAGGGUAAGCGAGCACUCGUUUCAGGCGGUCGGUUGGUAUUGUCUUGUCCUGUUUCUCGGUUGUCCGCAGAAUUAUUUUCUACCCCGGUAAAGUUUUAA